CAACAGGUAUCGGAGGAUGUUCCGUACAUUCCAUUCAAACAAUGGGGACGCGCCAAAGGUGUUUACAGGAGUGGCGUGAAGCUCAAUUUUCACGGUCCGCUGGAUAUGGCCGAAGCACGCCGUCUGCUGGACGUCUUCGACAACAACAUGUUUGCCACGGCCUGGGUCACAUCGACUCUCCUGGAGGCCGUUCAGUACGGAGCUGCCCCAAAACCUUCAGACAAUCAGCUUCUACUUGCCAUAAAUGUAAGUACAGAGCUAGCCCCCAAUCCUUCAGACAAUCAGCUUCUACUUGCCAUAAAUGUAAGUACAGAGCUAGCUCCCAAACAUUCAGACAAUCAGCUUCUACUUACCAUAAAUGUAAGUACAGAGCUAGCUCCCAAACCUUCAGACAAUUAGAUUCUACUUACCAUAAAUGUAAGUACAGAGCUAGCUCCCAAACCUUCAGACAAUCAGAUUCUACUUACCAUAAAUGUAAGUACAGAGCUAGCUCCCAAACUUUCAGACAACUAGAUUCUACUUGCCAUAAAUGUAAGUACAAAGAUAGUGCCCAAAACCUCCAGACAAUCAGCUUCUACUUUACAUAAAUGUAAGUACAGUGAUAGCCCCUAAACCUUCAGACAAUCAGCUUCUACUUGAAAUAAAUGUAAGUACAGAGAUAACCCCGAGAACGUUCAGACAUUAGAUUCUACUUGCCCUACACGUAAGUACAGAGCUGGUGUAAUUCCACAACUUGAACUGGGUGGGGUAUUUUUUAAUGAAAAAUUAGAAAAUGUAAGUACAGAGAUAACCCCGAGAACGUUCAGACAUUAGAUUCUACUUGCCCUACACGUAAGUACAGAGCUGGUGUAAUUCCACAACUUGAACUGGGUGGGGUAUUUUUUAAUGAAAAAUUAGACUUUUCUUAGUCAGAAUUACACCCAAUCAUCAAUAGCUCCAUCUCUUUGUGCUACAUGAAUGUUUUGUAGUUUAAGCGAUCUUUACAUUUUUUUCAAGAUGAAAAGCAAGGAAACAAAAGCAUAAUUUUAUGAAUGAAGUUACGAAUCUUUUACCACAGUUAAUUUGGACAGUGCCAUCACUAAAGAAAGUUAAUUUUUUUUUAAAGUUUUUAUUUUAAACUGCCUGCACUGUCCCACAAAAGCAUACACCGUGUUGCAUGCAGCCCUUAGAAAAAUGCACAUCCGCUUGUAACAAGUAACAAGAAUAUGUGUCCCAAAAACGGCAAAACAAUUUUUGUAAUAAAAAAAGAAAAUGUCAAUACUGAUAUCAAGGAAUAUAAAAUAUAAAAACCACUUAAUAAGAUAGAUAGGAUAAGAUACGAUUCUUUUAUUGAUACAAACAAAUUGAAAUGUUUUUUGAUUGCAUUGUACAUUUUCAGCACAUAAAUAAAACAAUUUGAACACAAGACCUUUAAAAUAAAUUAUUUCACAAGUAAAAAAAAAACCAGCCAUUCAGUGAAUUCUCUUAUGCGUAUCAGGGACUUACUAGUUCUCAUUAAGAUUUGUGACUUCAGAGGGAGCAAGCCGUUAAAUUCGUACAGAUUGGGGAACAACAGAAUGUUUAUAUCUUUCAGUCCUUGCACUGAUGGAAAUAACUCCUCCCGAACUGCCCGAUCCCAAGUAUCUGUGAUGAAGAGGGAGGGAUGUAUCAUGGAAAAUGUGUUUAGUUUGACAAUAAUAUCUUUCUUCAAAUAGUUCUUCCAGUGAAGGAUGUUUAGUUUGUGUUAUGCUCCUAGCUUUCUUGAUUAGUCGGUUUAUGCGGUAUUUAAUAUCAGACGUUGAAUGUUGCGCUGUAGAAUAAGUUAACGACUUAUUUGUUUACACCGAAAUUGUAUAGUUUUUUUGACGUAGAACAGUCUUUGGUUGAAUUUCUUAUACAGCUUUUGGCCGUGCUCACUCCAUGAUAGCUUAUUUGUAAUGGGGACAUUUAAGUACUUAUAUGCCUCUACUUGCUCUACUUUCUCUACACUUUGAUUUUUUAAUGUUGAGAUCUGUAAUCUGAUGUUUUCCCUCCUAAAAUCAACAACCAUUUCCUUUGUUUUCGAGACAUUCAGCUGGAGAAAAUUUUCAUCGCACCGAUUGAUAAAGCUUGUAACUAAGUUGCCGCAUGAUCCUUCUCCUUCAGAUAUUAAGCCAAUGAUGGUGGUAUCAUCAGCAAAUUUUAAGAUUGAAACGGUGUCACUUGAUCUUGAAUAUCAAUGGUAUAUAUUGUAUACAGUGAUAUUAAAAUAUCAUAUAAUAAAAAAAAAUAUUGAAGAGAUUCUUGUUUUGUGCUUAAGCCAACCCAACACUAAUGACACCGGCGUGAAGCUACGAAAGGGCUAGUAAUGAAGAAGUGUGUCUUCUACCUGACCGUCUGUCUUCUAUCUGACAGUCUGUCUUCUAUCUGAAAUGACGGCAAAAUGUUACGAUAUUUUACAGUUUAACUUUAACAAAAAUAUUACGAAGGAGGAGGAAAACGCUCCACAUCCUUAAGUCAAAUAAGCCAUCCGUUCUCAGUGAAUACUAAUUCAUAUAUGGCCUGUUAACCAGAUACGGAUUUGAAGGGAAACGAAUUACUUCCCAGUUUCAAAGGCGGUGAGGUGAUUUAAUUAGCGAUGGGAUCCAGAUAUAAAAAUAUUUCUAAUUAAAAUACCGUUCAUUGUAAAUUAUAUUUUCAAAAAAUUAAAAUUUCAUUUACGUUGUACGAAUGACACAGGCUUUCGCUAAUUACCACGACAAGAACAAGCCUUACAACACGUCAACGAUGUCAUUCUGGCCACAGGUCUACAACGACACACUCAAGUACUGGAGCUGUGCACCAGAUAAUCUAGUGGUCAGUAUUAUCUUAAUGUUUCCAUGUACGGGCUGUGUACCAAAUUUCCUUGUCUCUAAUGUACGGGCUGUGUACCAAUGUGCCCAUGUCUCUAAUGUACGGGCUGUGUACCAAUGUUUCCAUGUCUCUAAUGUACGGGCUGUGUACCAAUGUUUACAUGUCUCUAAUGUACGGGCUGUGUACCAAUGUGUCCAUGUCCAUGUACGGGCUGUGUACCAAUGUUUCCAUGUCCCUAGUGUACAGGCCGUGUACACAUGUUUUCUCAAGUAGUUAAUUAGUUGGACUGGCAUUAUUUUGCUUGUUGGAGUCUACCAGUACAGUUCAUCCUUUGCCAUUUCUCGGAUAACAUUCCUAACCGACUACAUUUUAAUAUUGAGAAACAAAAACACUUUUCCUUCGUUCACCCGCAAGAGAAUCAAUUUAAACACAUUUAGCGGUCGUCAUUCAAUAAUCCAUUUAUCAAAAUUGUAUGGUUAAUUUUACAAUUAGUUAAAGAGACAAAAAAAAUUGACCUACAAAUCGUUUUUUAAUUAAAAAUCAUUGUGUGUAAACUAGUAAAUGAAAUAAACACACAAUAUGUCUUAUUGAUAGUUAAUUGUUGUAUGUCUUAUUGAUAGUGAAUUGCUGUAUGUCUUAUUGAUAGUGAAUUGUUGUAUGUCAGAAGAGAGCUAAAACACCUUCUCGUCAUCAUCCUCAUGUCCUUUAGUCCUUGAACCGUUGGGGCGCCACAGAUGACAUGAACAUUAUCCUUCAUUCCUCUCUGUUUUGGGGCGCCACAGAUGACAUGAAAAUUAUCCUUCAUUCCUCUCUGUUUUGGGGCGCCACAGAUGACAUGAAAAUUAUCCUUCAUUCCUCUCUGUUUUCUGCACUUCGCACAGCAUCGCCUAGUUUUAGUCCGGUCCACUCUUUGAUGUUGUCUUCCCAUCUUUUUCUCUGUCUUCUGAAGAUAGAGCUUAAACACGGUAAUAACACCAGUGGUACCAAAACAUAGGGGGCAUUAGAGCAUAGACGUCACUUUAAAACAGAGGGCGCUAUAACACAAAAGUCACUAUAAAACAGAGGGCACUAUAACACAGAAGUCACUAUAAAACAGAGGGCACUAUAACACAGAAGUCACUAUAAAACAGAGGGCGCUAUAACACAGAAGUCACUAUAAAACAGAGGGCACUAUAACACAGAAGUCACUAUAAAACAGAGGGCACUAUAACACAGAAGUCACUAUAAAACAGAGGGCACUAUAACACAGAAGUCACUAUAAAACUAUAACACAGAAGUCACUAUAAAACAGAGGGCACUAUAACACAGAAGUCACUAUAAAACAGAGGGCACUAUAACACAGAAGUCACUAUAAAACAGAGGGCACUAUAACACAGAAGUCACUAUAAAACAGAGGGCACUAUAACAUAGAAGUCACUAUAAAACAGAGGGCACUAUAACACAGAAGUCACUAUAAAACAAAGGGCACUAUAACACAGAAGUCACUAUAAAACAGAGGGCGCUAUAACACAGAAGUCACUAUAAAACAGAGGGCACUAUAACACAGAAGUCACUAUAAAACAGAGGGCACUAUAACACAGAAGUCACUAUAAAACAGAGGGCACUAUAACACAGAAGUCACUAUAAAACAGAGGGCACUAUGACACAGAAGGCACUAUAAAACAGAGGGCACUAUAACACAGAAGGCACUAUAAAACAGAGGGCACUAUAACACAGAAGGCACUAUAAAACAGAGGGCACUAUAACACAGAAGGCACUAUAAAACAGAGGGCACUAUAACACAGAAGGCACUAUAGCAAGGUGGCGUUAGAGCACUGGUGUACAUUUCGGUAAGUUGCAUCAAGUUACAAGUUUAAACACAUCUCAGUUCGUUUCAUCUUCUGCUAGAAUGCCUUUGGGAUGAUGGAUGAGGUGCCAUUACCACUGAUAGAAGCUUUCUUAAAGUUGAUUGGAUUGAGUAACUUAGUGGAUGAGAUCGACUUCCUGAUGAAAGACAAGUAGGUGUUCUGGUAAUAUGUGCUUCAAGUAGGUGUUCUAGUAACAUAUACUUUAAAUAGGUGUUCUGGUAAGGUGUGCUUUAAGUACAUGCUCUGGUUAAAUGUGCUUUAGAAAUAGUUGCUUUAUUCAAAUUAUUCAACUUGAUAUUUCGUUUGAUGAAAGUACUAUUGGUACUAUUAGUAUAUUGUUUAGUCCUAUUUCAUUCAGCGAAAAAAAAAUGUAAUAUUAAGUUUCACCAUACAGUUGAAAGAACUGGGAUUGUGGCUAACUAUUUCUUUUUUUGUUUUUUUGUUGUGUUGGUUUGUUUUUUUGUUUUUUUUAUUACCGAUUGUUCGCCUUCUUACUGAUUAGGGUUUUGAGGGACUUGAUGAUCGAUAAAAGUAUGAGUGAACUAUUUUGUAUUUUACUGCCAACGCACAGGGCGAUGUUCCUGCAGGCAUUUCACAUUCCUCCAGACUUCGAUGACACUUUCGUCAACCUUGGCCUUGGCUCCAUACUCUACCAGCUGAGAGAAACGUUCCCGUCUGCUUGGGGCUUAUGGAAUAAUCAAAACAGAAACCUUACGUCAGGUAUAGUUAGAGGAAUAUUACAUAAGGUAUAGUUUGUAGAAAAAUGACACCAGGUAUGGUUUAUAAGGACAUUACAUCCUGUAUAUUUAAGAAGAACAUUACAAUGGGUAUAUUAUGUAGGGAUAUUGCAUCAAGUAUAGUGAUAGAGGCAUAACAUCUAUAAUUAUUAUUACAUAACUUAAAGUAUAGUUAUAAGGACCAUGCCUCAGGUAUAGUUGAUAGGGACAAUAUAUCAGGUAUAGUUUAUAGGGAAAAUACUUAAGGUAUGGUUAUAGCAUAUUAUAUUAUGCAUAGUUUUAAACAGUUAACUGUUGUCAAAACCAAUUUAUAAUUUCUUCCUGGCAGUGUUCGAUGCCCUGAAGAAAUACGCCUACAGACCAUUUUCAGACGACCCAAAUUUAAACACUAUUGAUCCCAGGACUUACUUCUAUAUGCGUUCAUUCCUGGACCAAGCUAAGUCUCAAGGAAGGGAUAUUGCAUUAGUACCGACGUGGGUAAGUAGCACCAACAUGGCUAUGUUGUAACUGCAUGGUUACAUAGUAACGACAUGACGACGUGGUACCGGCAUAGUUAAGUAGUACCGACAUGGUGAAGUUGUACCGAUUUGGGUAAGUAGUAUAAACAUGGGUAAGUAGUGCAGAAACAGGUCAUUAGAACAUCCAUAGGUAAGUAGUACAGGCAUGAGUAGUAAUGCCGACCUGGGGAUAAUAGUCCCCCAUCAACUCUAUCCCUCGCCAUGUUACUGUUACUUGUUCGACCUCUAUUUUGUCUCCCAGAUUCAAACAAUUGACGAGCUGCGCACCGACUUCUAUCUGGGCGUGGCCAUGCCCUUCCAGCUCAACAACGUUGACGUCACCGUGUCCGCCAAUACAAUCUUUGGGAUGACGUCAGCUGUCCUUUCUGGACUUGUCAACCCUCAAAUUCUGAACGACCCAGUUCUUGCGGUGGGUUUAGAUUCAUUAAUAUAGUUUUAAUGUUGUACUAAUGUUGUAUUAAUGUAGUUUUAAUGUUGUACUAAUGUUGUAUUAAUGUAGUUUUAAUGUUGUACUAAUGUUGUAUUAAUGUAGUUUUAAUGUUGUACUAAUGUUGUAUUAAUGUAGUUUUAAUGUUGUAUUGAUGUAGUAUUAAUGUAGUGUUUAUGUAGUAAUGAUUUUGAGUAUAGUAUUGUCUUCUUUCCUGACGGCACACGUGUUAAAGUAAUUAUCGUAUUCUCAUUUCUUUGUUUCAUUAAUGUAUCUUUUUCUCAUCAUUAGAUAAUUAAUUAAUCUAAUAAAUCAAAUUUUUACCCCCCCCCCCAACCCCCUUCGUGUCACUAACUUUCACACUUUCUAUUACCCACUCAGCCCUUCGCCCUAAAUGGACUGCUCCUUAUUCAUCCAAACGAUAUUCAUCCAAAUAACACUUUCUAUUACCCACUCACCCCUUCGCCCUAAAUGGACUGCUCCUUAUUCAUACAAACGAAUUCAUACAAACGAUAUAUAUAUAUAUAUAUAUAUAUAUAACAUUUAUAUACGAAAAUACAUUGUUAAAAGUUAUGUUUUAUGAAAACAUUAUCAGAAAAUACUAACAUAACGGCAUGUGAUGUUUGCAGGUCUUAGAAAUGACCAACCAUAUUCUCCAUCUAUCAAUAAGUUACUUCGGUUCAGUCAGAGCUAAGCUUUAAGAGGACGACACACACAAAUGUGAAUAUUCACUUUUGAAAACUUAAAAAUAAAGAACUCGCUAACAUGUUGAAAGAGCUGAAUCUUUGUAAAUAUAAUUUUUUUAAUAAACUUUUUUAUACCGGUAUAUAUAUAUAUAUUUGAACAUUCAGCAAAUAUAUCUCAACACGUCAUCGCUUCUGGCAUUUGAAAUCAAAACCAACUUCUCAGACCGACCCGACUUGGCCUUGACCUAUUAUCCAUCGCAGAUAGAAUUCUAUUGGUUCGUUUCACGAACUCUAGCCAUCCUGGAAACAGCUCAUCGGAAAAGACCAUUUCCAGUUCCGGUGAGUGAUAACUUUAAAAGUAUCACGUCCAUCAACUGUGUUAUUAUAUUGAAUAGUUUUAGUCACAAUUCGGUGAUGUAUUUAAGUUUUAAAUGAAGAAACAAAAUUAAGUUUUUUUUUUGUUUUUUUUAUUGGCAUUCAUGUUUGUAUAAAUUUAAAAGAUUUAAAAAUUCAAUGUAUCCACGUUUAACUAUUGAUUUGUACUAUUUAGACCUUUUGAAGCCGCAUCUCAAUAGUUUCUGAUCUUUAUUCAUCCGCUUCCUGCAGGUGAUGGAACCUGUGUACACUCUACUGAAGGAAGCGGCAGAACAUGAAAUGACAAAUUCCAUCGUGUCCAAAGCCAAGUCUGAGCAGACAGAGGAAGUUUAUUUUGAUGAUUUCCUUGGAGACGGUGACGUCACUCACGCGAACAAGUCUCUGGUAGAUUGA